AUGCCCUUGUUCAAAGUUCAAAGUGAAAGAAACCCACAAAAGUUUUGCAUCUGUGCCAACUCUUUGGCAGAUUUAAAAGAUAAAGGUACUUGUUAAAAGAACUGUUAAGGUCAUGUUUAAUACACAAUGCAGUUUUUCUUGCAACUUGCAAUUAAUUUUUACCCUUUUGGUUAGGGUAAGAUUUAGAGUUAGGGUAUUUUUCAGGGUUAAAUUUAGGUUUCUUGUUAGAUUUAAAGGUUGUCUGAUCUAUAGACAAGUAUCGUAUAGCCAUAUAGAACAAGACAAUUGGUGUUGAACCUAUAACCACAGUGUAUUUAAUAUAGCAUGGCUUUAGAACCAAUGAAAGGUAUGGGAUACUGACAUCUUUACUUGUUUUUUUGUAUAGGAAGCACUAAACUUGGCAUAAAAAACUCUGAUGAUUUACAAGCCAUGCUAGUAGAUGAUCAGUCCAUUAUUGAUAAUGAAGAUGUAUUUUCUGAACUUUCUCCAAAUACAUGCUUUUAUUUAAUUGAGAAAAGGACAGAUGAUACUUUGGAGUCUGAUGGCACUUUUGCAACACCUUUGUCAUCUAUACAAUUUGCAAACAACAGGCAAAAAAGAUUGACUAUUAGUGAAGGCAAUCUUGGGUUACGGAUGCCACUUGAAUCAGUGAGUCAAUAUUUGUCAUCAUACUAUGCAUUUAAAAUUGUGUUUUAUUAUUUUACAGUAUUGGAUAUUAUUAAUUUAUGCCAAUUGAAAAUUUCACUUGGCCAGAAAUAUGUUGAUAAAACAAAAUUUAAAAAUUGUAUAUAUAGCUUAUAUACAAUUGGUGAAAUUGCUUUGUUUUAUUUUAUUUUAUAGGAAACCAUUGCAACACCUGAAAAGAACCCAGGUUUGAUAGAGAAAGCUAAAAUUUACACAUUUCCCAGAAAUGAUUAUGAGGAGGCUGUAAACAAUGCAGCUGUAAACCUUGUCCAGGAAAAUUCUGCUCUUGUUUUCCAGAGAGGUAUGUUAUGAUACACACAGUACUUGUACCAUGUAGCAGGAGUGCACACUGCAUGCUGUAUAUCCAUGAGGAGAUUUGUGGUUUCAUCUACCAAGGAAAACAUUGUCCAAUUGCCAGAGCAAAUGCCAAGGCAUGUCAGAAAUGCUCUUCAAAAUAGUACCAAUUUUGCCUAAAAACAAGCCUGCCCAGAGAUAUUUGGGGGCUCAGGCAAAAUAGUAUUUGAGCCCCCCUGGGAAAUGAGUUGACAGAACUAUUUUUACACAUACCGGUAUUGUAUUGUUAUUUGGGGGGCCCUUUUAGCUAAGGGUCCAGGGUGAAUUGCCCGCUUUGCCCCUCCCCCCUGGGUUGCCCUGCCUGAAAAUAUGCUAAUUUCAAAGACAACAACAUAAAGUAUAUAUAAUAUUGAAAGUCCCCAAUACAGGGUCUAAUCAAAUCCUUUCUAUCUUCACAUAAUCUCAGCUUAAGUUGUGUAAUGAUACUAAUCAAGCAUGUCUACUAGAUAAUAUUUUUCUUUCUAUUUAUAUGUAGCAGAAUAUUGAAUAUGUCUGAUUGUUAAAAUAACAGGACGCUGGGUUUACUUGGGCGACUGUUGAUGCCUCAAAUUUUGAGGUACCAAUAAAUUUCCAACCAAAAUAGAGGCAACCAACAUGAACCUGUAUAUAAAUGAACAAAUUGUGAGCAAUUUUGGUUAUAAACUGCAUCAAAAUCUUUCUUAUUAAAUAUUAACUUUUCAUUUUGCAUUUUUUCAUAACAUAUAAUCCACUUUAACCGGGUGUGCGGAAAUUAUCGUAUGGAUCCAUUGGCAAUACUGUGAAAUAUAUGUGUAUUCAUGCAGUAUAUGUGCCAAAGUUCAUGCUUUUACUGCAAAACCCACAUUUGGUGCACAAAUACCCAGAUAAAAUCAUCUGGGUUUCUCGAUAUAGAAUCCAAUGUUCCCCAUAUCUAAUUAUUUAUAUCACAUGAACUCAUCAUGCAUACAACUUUGUUUGUAGGUGAGUUGUUUCUAAAAGCAAAAGAAAUGGUUCGAGAAGGCGGCUAUAAAUUCAAGAAAGGCUAUUCCAGAUCAAAAGGGUCUAGCAAUGAAGGUAGUAGUAGUGAUGAAGGAGUGAAAAAAAGGGCAAAAAUAAAUAAAGAAGAAAGAGAGAAAGCUAUAGAAGACCUGAAACUACUGCUUAAAAGUCUUGAAGAUCAGUUACGUGUUAAACAAAUGCUCAUAACCAAGGCAAAAGCUAUCAAUGAUUUUAAAGUAGCUGACCAACUAAUGGAUGAAGUUAGGAAUCUACUUAGAGAGAAAACGGAUUGCGACAAACAAUUGUUAGCUCUUCAGAAGAAGUCGUCCAAGUCUGAAUGGUACCGUAAAAGAGCUCACUCGAAAAGUACAGCACAUGAAUUUAAAGAUGGAAGUUCUCUAUCGGAGCCAGAAGGAAGCCAAAAUAAGAUCGCAAAAUUUUUUAAAGGAAACGGAAAUGUUGCAAGCACUUCCACAUCGACUGCUACAACAGAUGAUGUUGCAAGGCAAGAAAAAGCAGAUAAACCAGUAGACAGAGUUAUCAGCAUUGAUCAUUCUCCUCAAAGUGAUGAUAUGUUGAUUGUGUCUGACAGUUCUGAACCAGAAUUGUCUUUUUAG